CGAACUACUCUUCCCACGAUGCAGUUCAAGUAACCCGGCCUCCUAGGUUACUAACUCCUUCCGCCUCAAAUUACUGGCGAUCAGUGUAUAGAGCUGUGAUUCUGAGGUCAGGAGCAGCAAGAAGAGUAAGAGGAAGCGGAAGGAGGAAAGAAAGGAGGAGAAAGAAGUACAGUGAGAACUUCUUGUUCUUCAGAGGAAAAGAAGAAUUGAAAAAUAGAAUGCAAGUAGUGCCUUUUAUCUUGUGGCUUGAAUUCUUCAAAUGAACCACUAUCUGGUGUCCUUUCUAUCAUGGAGAGGGAGGAUGUGAUUCUGUGAAGACUUGGACCGUGAUCUUGACACAGAAGCUUUUCAGCCCUGGAGGAAUUGAUGUUGCUUCCCUUGCUUUGGACCCCACUACUACUCCAGUGGCAGUGAGGAGACCUCUCUGAGGAGGAUAGUGGUUGAAGAAGUGAACUAGGGGGUCUGGCUAUGAUUUGGAAGUUGAAGGAUGCUCCCUGAUAGAGCGUUAGCCCUCUCUCAGCAGGAACUGUAACCCAAUUCAAGAAGACUGGCACCAGAUAAAUAGGAAGGGGGAGGCAAGCCUUGGAAACUGCCUCUUGUCUUUCUUUUUUUUGGUAGACUACAUCUGGCAUCUUGAUGGACUUAUUCAAUGGACUUAUCUAGGGGAGUCUGCCUGGAAACCCAAGUCAUUGAAAGCAAGAGCACAGAACUGAUUUCUCCCUUUUGGCUGACGACUCAAUAGAGUUUGUCUUGGGUUUGAUAAAAGUUUUGACUUUAUUGCAAAACCAGAAUCAAGGUUAAACUUUUAUCUGGGGAACAAGUGCACAGAGUAUAAAGGAAUGUCUGUUCAUGAGAUUACAAUAAAUAAACAUGCAAUUCUCCCUCCUAUCAUUAGUAAUUGUGAUAAGGAAUUUUUGGAAAGAAUGCAAAGAUAUAUAAUUGUAGAAACUGAAAGAGUGGGCUGUACUGAAGAAGGACCAGCUGAUGAAUAUUUCAUCAUAUACCGAAAUGUAUUUGACAAGAUAAUAGAGCAUGUCACCGCAUACAAAAGUGUUCUUACUUCAAUCAAACAAGAAUAUGAUUCAUUCAUUGAGAAGAUAAAGAAGAGCCAAAGAAGUGCACUUUAUCUUCAUGGAAAGUUGAAAGUUCUGGCAGCAGAACCUACAACAUUCAUAUACCACAGGAAAAGAGCAGCCCAACUUGAAGCAAAGAUAAGGGUUAUUAAAGAAAAUUCUUUGAAAAUUCAAACGCAACUAAGUAAAUUAAGACAACUUAGGAGAAAAUGCAGUGAAGAUGAAAUACAAAAUCUCACAACUAUAGUAAAUCCUGCAAGGCCCAUUCCAGGCAUGACACUAGAAGAAUCUCUUGAUUUAGAUUGUCUUGAUGAGUACCUUAAUCGUCUUGAAGAAAAAUAUGAAGAAGUUAAAAAUUACUCAUUGGUAAAAUACAUUCCACACAUGAGAAAGGCUGACUUAGAUGAAGAAACAAUCCGGGCUUUACAUAGGAGAGAUGAAGCAGAAGCACUGAACAAUGAAUUACGGCUUCGUCAUAGAAAAACAGAAAUGGUUUCAAGUGCAUUUCUUUCCUGGAUAAAAUCAGACAUGAGCAUUUCUUUUCAAGACUUUGUAAUCCAUUUGAGUAAAACUCAAAGACUUUUACAAGAUGAUCAAAUUCUUAUUGAGGAGUUACUUGAAGAAGAUCCACACAAGGCCAAGGAAGCUGAAGUAUUACUUGACUACAUUGAAAGGUUCAACGAAUUGUUCACAAAUGGAGAAUAUGAGUCUGCAGCUAUUUUUGCAGUGAAUAGUCCUAGAGGAAUUCUUCGAAACAUAGCAACAAUGAAGAAAUUUAAGAGUGCUGGUAAAAUUAGAGGGAAAACUCUUCCUUUACUAUUAUUCUUUGAGGCUCUCUUUAAUACAAGUCGUGCUGCUAGAAAAUCUAUUAAUGCUCAGUUGACUGUGGAAGGAAUUAAAUGUGGAUUAGCUGAAAAACGGUUGGAUCUAGUUAUGCAUUGGGUUACCCGGCAGAAAUUAACAUUUUCUGAAAGUGCUGGGGAUAUCAUUUGUCAGUAUGCGGAACAGGAACCCUACCACAAGUCCAAGUGCCUGGCUUUAGCACAGAUUAUCUACCAUGAAUGUGGUCUGCAUAAGAAAGCUGUUCUUUGCCUAUGUAAACAGGGCCAGAUUUACGGAGCUAUGGAAUAUAUACAACAAUGUAAAGACUUUUCUUAUGAUGACCUUAUGAACAUUGUAGUAAUGUAUCCACAAGUUGAAUUUAUUAAUUGUCUUACUAAGCCGUGGAAGGAUAGAUCACCACUUUUGUCUAUUUGUCUUAUUGUACUUCAUUUCUUCGCCAAUGGAAUGAAAAAGGAAGGCUUAAAUCUACUUCAAGAACUAGCUAAAAAUGGGAAAAAGACAACAGAAGAAUUUAUGACAACUGAUCUAUUCUGCUCCUUAACGGACUGGCAAGACCUGGCCAACCUGAGUUUCCAGCAGGGCUUUGGCUCAUUGUCCAAUGACAUCAUUUCCAUCCUCAGAUCUCAGGACGGAGUAUCUGAAAUUCCUGUAGAUGGAGAAGUCAACGUAAUGGAACACGUUUUUUGGUAGUUCCAUCUUUCAAACAGCUGAGGGAGCUCUAAAAAUAUUUUAUGUGGCCGAGUUGAGAAAAACAACCAAAGCAUCAGUAACCGAAUAAAUCCAAAUUGUCCAUCCUCAGAAA